UAUACAUUAACAGACUUUCUGAGUUUAGCCAUAUAUUCUAGUCUGUAGUAUUAUUGUAGGAAUUGAAAUAUUUGUUCCAGAAAUUCACAAGACCACGGAAGCAGAAAUUGAACUCAAGAAAAUAUGUCGAACACGCGUGGGAAAACAACAGGGUUUCUUCUGGUGCUGCAAGCUUUAUUUAUGGUGUUUUUCGGACUUUUCGUUGAUUACGAUACAGGUGCUGCAGCCCGAAAUGGAAACGUGACAAAAACAGAUGGCCAUGGUGGACAUGAAUUAGCAGAUUAUUAUCCUAUGUUUCAAGAUGUUCAUGUUAUGAUGUUGAUCGGUUUUGGCUUUUUGAUGACUUUUCUCAAGAAACAUGGAUUUGGAUCAAUUGGCUUCAAUUUCUUGUUGACAUGUUACGUUAUCGAAUGGGCAACACUAGUAAACGGGUGGUUCGGUCUAAUCGGAAGUCCUUCUACCAAAAUCCAUGUCAACAUUCUUACACUCUUGGAUGCUGAUUUUGCUGUGGCCACAGUUCUUAUUUCAUUCGGUGCUGUUUUGGGAAAAGUCAGUCCGAUACAACUGCUUAUCAUGGCGACAUUUGAAGUUGUCUUCUAUAACCUUUCAUUCUGGGUCGGAGUACAUGUGUUAGGGGCUUUGGACAUCGGAGGUUCAAUGUUCAUUCACGCCUUCGGUGCUUACUUCGGACUGUCUGUUUCAAGAGUUUUGUACAAGACUCAUCACACUACGAAUCCCAAGGAGGGAUCAGAAUAUCACUCAGAUAUGUUUUCAAUGAUUGGUCCUCUAUUCUUAUGGCUAUACUGGCCAAGCUUCAAUUCUGCUCCAGCACUUGGUAACGAAAGACAUAGAGCUGUUAUCAAUACAACACUAAGCCUUGCAGCGUGUACUGUAGUUACCUUUGCUGUUUCAUCAGUUACAAACAAGAAAAACAAGUUAGACAUGGUUCACAUUCAAAAUGCAACACUCGCUGGCGGGGUUGCCAUAGGAUCCAGUGCUAACCUGAUUAUCCAUCCAUUCGGUGCUCUGAUGACCGGUUCUCUAGCUGGUAUAUUAUCUGUUCUUGGCUUUCGUUAUAUUCAGCCCACACUACAAAGAGUAUUUAAACUUCACGAUACAUGCGGAGUUCACAACCUGCACGGUCUUCCUGGAAUUUUGGGAGCGAUGAUAAGUUCCGUUGUCUGUGCUGUUGCUUCAGUAGAAGUUUACAAUGAUAGCUAUCCCGUCGUCUUCCCGCACAAUCGAAGCCCCGGAACCCAAGGCGGAUUUCAAAUAGCUGGUGUUGUAACUGCUAUAGCAAUUGCUAUGGCGGGGGGAGCAAUCACUGGGUUUUUCCUCAAACUACCAAUCUGGGACAAAUUGUUGAGAGCGGAGUUGUACGAUGAUAGCUCAUUCUGGCAGGUACCUGAAUGGGGUGAUGAUAGUAGUUUGGCUCCAUCUGACGGACACGAGUACAAAAAAGUCGAUGAUGAAGAAGUCAAAACUUCCGAUCCCGAUUCUGCCUCCCUUGAAGAAAAGCCAGGCUUGGAAGAAGAAGAUGCGGCAUUGCAACAAAGUACCGAAUAAAAGUUAUCGAUAGAAUAUUAAUAUUGACAUUACAUUUUACAUUUGGAAGAUUCAUUAGUGCGGUUUCUUUUUCCAGAUUAAUUUGUGUCCCCUUUGACGUGCAGUCUAACUCUCAUGUUGAUCGUGAAACCGUGAACGUGAAUAUUGUAUUCAAGUGUCAAAUAGCGUUACCACUAACAAUAUUUCACCGAGGGGUAAAUUAAAUCAUUUGUUUUCUAUUUGAAAAUAAGAUAACGCGCAUGAUAAAACAGAAAAUUAUCAUCCACAUUUAUCGUGCUGGAGGUUUUGUUAUUUUGGCUAUUUUUUGCUUGGAAAUGUGGAAUAAAUAGCAAAUCACAGGACCUCAAAUGUUGUAUAUAUAUCAUUUCUUUUAUUAUAUCAUCAUUAUUUUUUAUAUACUAAUAAAUUUACUAAUCGUUUUUCUUA